CAGUCACCCCAUUCCACAAAAACAUCAAUUCCCAAAGUUCUAUUUCUUCGUUCUCGUUCCCUUUGUUAUCACGUCAACCAUGUCUGCAAUUCCUCCAUCGGGCUCACAAAACUCUUCGGGUUUCCAUGAUUUCUUGCCCGUGAUGGCCAACAAGCUCGGAGGGGAUGGUCUGAUAGGGGAGCUCUGCAAUGGGUUCAGCCUGUUGAUGGACAGUGAGAAAGGGGUCAUCACUUUUGAUAGCUUGAAUUCGGCGCUUUUGGGGUUACGGGGCUUGACGGAUGAUGAUUUGAGGUCUAUGAUGAAAGAAGGUGACUUCGAUGGCGACGGUGCGCUCAACCAGAUGGAGUUUUGUGUGUUGAUGUUCAGGUUGAGCCCUGAGUUGAUGGAAGCGUCUCGGUUUUUGUUAAAGGAGGCUUUCGAACAUGAAUUCAAGGAUUUUCAUUGAUACCUUUUGGUACUUCUUAGUUUCUUGUUUCAUCCUAUAUUUGUCUUUCUAAUUAAAUUGUUGAAUAUACAGAAAGAAUAGUAAAAAAAUGAAAUUUUUUU